AUGUUGGAUGAAGGUGGUGAUAAAUGUCAUAAUAGAGAAGGUUCACAUGUAAGAGAAUUACCAGAUAUGGAGUUGAGUUUAAGAAAAGUACCUUGUGAAGUGUCGAACAACUCUGAAGUCCCUGUUACUGAAGGAAGCUUGUCAGAAGUUAUCUACAAACUACGCUGUUAUGAGUCUCCCAGCUUUCAUUCCACCAUAGAUGCUGCUGGUUUUCAGACUUUUUCAUUCCAAGGAUUCGAGACGGAUCCCACACCCUUAUCCGUGUCGACCCGACACGACACGGAUACCUCACCUCAAUUGAAGAGCUCGAGCAUCACAGGCUAUAAGGCCAUUACAGCACUUAAGAAAGGAGCAUAUUUGCUAAAGUAUGGCCGUCGUGGGAAGCCAAAGUUCUGCCCUUUUCGGCUUUCUAAUGAUGAGACUACAUUGAUUUGGUACUCUGGCAAAGAUGAGAAACAGCUGAAACUAAGUCAUGUUUCAAAGAUUAUUCCUGGGCAACGUACUGCAAUAUUUCAGCGGUAUCCUAGGCCUGAAAAGGAAUAUCAAUCAUUUUCUCUUAUAUGUAAUGAUAGGUCCUUGGACUUGAUAUGUAAGGACAAGGAUGAAGCUGAAGUUUGGCUUGUUGGUCUUAAUGCAUUGAUUUCUCGAGGUAACUACAGCAAGUGGAGAAACGAAUCAAGAGGUGACAGUUCAUCAUUUGAUAGUCCUCGUGCUCGUACUCAAAGAAAUUCUCUAUCAAUAACGCCAUUUGAUCCAGGAGAUGCUGAGGGAGUGAAUUUUGAGAAUGUUCCUCAAAGCAGAUGGGGAAAGGCCUUUGCUGACAUAAUUUCAUAUACUGCAGCCAACAAGAGUUCCAUUCAAGAUGAAUCAUUUUCCAAUUCUUCUGUAUCACCUAGGUCUACAGAUAACUCCAUUGGUCGAAAUUCUGCAUCUGAGGCAUUCCGAGUUAGCUUAUCUAGUGCCGUAAGCUCAUCCAGUCAAAGUUCUUGUCUUGAUGAUUUUGAUUCUCUUGGGGAUGUUUUCAUUUGGGGCGAAGGUAUUGGAAGUGGAGCAUUGGGUGGUGGUGUGUGUAGAGUUGGGAGCUCAUUUUAUUCGAAUAUGGAUUCUUUUCUACCUAAGGCAUUGGAAUCAACAGUUGUUCUUGAUGUCCAUGGUAUUGCUUGUGGUGACAGGCAUGCUUUGCUUGUCACUAAACAAGGAGAGAUAUUUAGUUGGGGAGAGGAGACAGGAGGCAGGCUUGGUCAUGGAGUAGAAGUGGAUGUUUCCCAACCGAAGCUCAUUGAAUUUCUAAAUGGCAUGAAUAUUGAAGCAGUUGCAUGUGGAGAGUAUCACAGUUGUGCUGUUACAUUUUCUGGAGAUCUUUAUACAUGGGGUGAUGGCACUCAUUACUCUGGCUUGCUUGGGCAUGGAAGUGAAGUUAGCCAUUGGAUUCCAAAAAAGAUAAGUGGUGAUAUGGAAGGUCUACAUGUAUCAUAUAUAUCUUGUGGACUAUGGCAUACAGCUGCAGUGACAUCAGCUGGUCGGUUGUUUACUUUCGGGGAUGGUUCUUUUGGUGCCUUAGGGCAUGGAGAUCUUAGUAGCACAAAUAUUCCUCGGGAAGUGGAAAUUUUGAGUGGGCUAAGAACUAUGAGGGUUGCUUGUGGUGUUUGGCAUACCGCUGCAGUUGUUGAAGUUACAGAUGAGUUAUCCAGUCCUGAUAAUUCUGCUAGCUCUUCAUCUGGAAAGCUGUUCACGUGGGGAGAUGGAGAUAAAGGGAAGUUAGGACAUGGUGAUAAAGAAUCCAGACAUGUUCCUGAAUGUGUGAUUGCUUUGGCUGAUAAAAACAUUUGUCAAGUAGCCUGUGGCUAUUAUCUCACAAUGGCCCUUACAACUUCAGGACAAGUAUAUACAAUGGGAAGUACCUCUUAUGGACAGCUAGGUAAUCCUAUGGCUGAUGGAAAGGUUCCUACUCAAGUUCAAGGCAAAAUUUCAGAAAAUGUUGUUGAAGAAAUUGCCUGUGGUUCUUAUCAUGUUGCUGUUUUGACUUCGAAAACAGAGGUAUAUACAUGGGGAAAGGGCUCAAAUGGGCAACUAGGUCAUGGAGACCAUGGUAAUAGAAAUAUGCCUACUCUUGUUGAUUUUCUAAAAGAUAGGCAAGUAAAAAGUGUCGUAUGUGGUUCAAACCUUACAGCUGUUAUUUGUCUUCACAAAUCAGUAUCUAGUGUUGACCAUUCUAUAUGCUCUGGUUGUCGGAAUCCUUUUGGAUUCAGAAGGAAACGUCAUAAUUGUUAUAAUUGUGGAUUAGUCUUUUGCAAGGCAUGCAGCACCAGGAAAUCUCUGAAAGCUGCCUUGGCUCCAAAUAUGAACAAGCCAUAUCGGGUUUGUGAUGACUGUUAUUCUAAAUUAAGGAAAGCCAUGGAAAAUAGUUCUGUUUCACGAAAUACUAAGGUUAGAAAUGGAAAUGUGAAUCAUAAAAUCAAUGAGUCAGUUGACAAUCAUAAAUUGCAAACAACACUCUCCAGGCUCUCAUCUUUUGGUUCGGUCAUCAAUCAAUCUGAAAGCAGGCUUUCCAAUUCUGAAAAUCAACCAGAAGCACACUAUAAUCUUGUCUUUCCUGCUCUGAAUGUAACUUCUGAGUUAGGGGGUUUUAAUUCUUCAAAACCAUCAAAUGCAUUUGUAGUUCCAAAGAAAGUUAUACCAACUUCAGUUUCUGGUUCCAGAUUAUUUUCUAGAGCGACAUCUCCUGUUUCGGGAAAGUCAAGCCCGGCUAGAUCUUCUGGAGAAAUUUUUGAGGAUUCUAAGUAUACAAAUGAAAGUUUAAGCCAAGAAAUUAUAAUUUUAAGGGCCCAGGUAGAAGACCUAACUUCCAAAUCCAAACAUCUUGAAGCUGAAUUGGAAAAAACAUCAAAUCAACUGAAGAAGGCCAAUGCAAUAGCUGCGGAUGAAGCAGAAAAGUGCAAAUCUGCAAAGGAAGUUAUAAAGUCUCUAACUGCUCAGUUGAAGGAGAUGUCUGAAAGGCUGCCAGAAGGACAUACAAUCAGCAAUGCAGGCUCAGUUGUAGGAUGUGCCACCAAUUUUCAAAACCAGCAAGCCAGUGAGACCGAUUCGCCUAGCGCAAGAACUCUGGAAGCCGGGUCCAUUGGCAAUUCCAUUAAUCAAAUACCCAAUGGAACUAAGACACAAACUGGAAAGCCAGAGUGGGUUGUACAAGAUGAACCUGGUGUAUAUUUAACUUUAUCCGCAAUACCAGGUGGUGGUAAUGAACUAAAACGUGUUCGCUUCAGCCGAAGACAUUUCACAGAAGAACAAGCGGAAAAAUGGUGGGCUGAAAACGGGGCCAAAGUAUGCGAACGGCACAAUAUAUUAGGUGAUGAGUAAUAUGAUGCUAGCCUUCUGAUUAACCAGGGAAAAAUACCAGAACAAAAAGGAAAAUGCAUGGCAUAAAUAUUUCCCAUGACCCUCUUACUUUCUUCUGGGAAUUGUAUAUGCUUUUUUCUCUCUUGAAGUCAUUCAGUGGAGUUAUCCAUAAGGAUCCGGGAUCAGAAACAGGCAGAUAGGUGGAGAGAGUAGAAUUUCGAGUGUAGGAAGCAGAUAUUUUUCUAAAGGACAAUAAUUGUAAAAAUGAAAGGUGCAUUUUUGAUCAAUGUAGAAAGGCUGCAGUGAAUAUUGAUAGUUUGCAGUAUUUUUUGUCCCUAUAGUAGUAAGAUUAACAAAUAUUAAUAAAUAUCAAUAUAUAUUUAAACCCAAAUUGUACAGUGAUA